AUGAUCUUCGGACGGCGCUUCUUGUUGCAGACUGACCACGCUCCGCUGCUCCGAAUCUUCGGGUCCAAGAAGGGCAUACCGGUAUACACAGCCAACCGGUUACAGCGCUUUGCCCUCACUCUACUGCUGUACGAUUUCACCAUCGAGUACGUUCCCACUGAUAAGUUCGGUAACGCCGACGUGCUGUCCCGGUUGAUAAACCGACACGCGCGACCAGAUGAAGACUACGUCAUCGCCAGGAUAAUUAUCGAGCAGGAUGUUAGGUCAGUAGCAGUUGAUACAGUAGAUGCGUUGCCUCUUACUUUCAGAAACGUCGCUCGAAGUACCCAAGCUGAUCCAGUUCUCCGGAAGGUCUAUCGUUUUAUAACAGACGGUUGGCCUCAAACGAAAGCAAUCGAUCCGGAGCUAAAACGAUUCCAAGUCAGACAGGAAUCCCUCACUACCGUUGAUGGAUGCAUACUGUUCGCUGAUCGGCUCGUCAUCCCAGCUCAGUACCGCAAGCGUUGCUUAGAUCAGCUUCACAAUGGUCAUCCUGGUACACAGCGUAUGAAGGCCAUCGCCAGGAGCUAUGUCUAUUGGCCAUCCAUCGACGAAGACAUCGCCGGUUAUGUGAAAACAUGUCGGCAUUGUGCAGCGACUGCCAAGUCACCGCCUCACGCCGUCCCAGUGCCAUGGCCGAAGGCAUCGGGACCUUGGCAGCGUGUUCACGUAGACUUCGUCGGUCCCAUCGACGGUGAGUAUUAUUUGCUAGCGGUCGACUCCUUCUCCAAGUGGCCGGAGAUAGUGCAAACCCGACGAAUCACUGCAGUAGCAACCAUCAGUAUUCUUCGAAGUCUAUUUGCAAGGCUCGGUAUGCCUGUAAUGCUAGUAUCGGAUAACGGUACUCAGUUUACGAGUGUGGAAUUUGCCAACUUCUGUGCUCUCAACGGUAUCGAGCAUGUCACAACGGCCCCGUUCCAUCCCCAGUCUAACGGCCAAGUUGAAAGGUUCGUUGACACCUUCAAGCGGGCCGUCAAAAAAAUUCAAGAGGGGAGAGGAUCCAUUGCUGAAGCUCUAGACACCUUCCUGCUAACCUACAGAAGCACGCCCAAUCGCACUGCGCCUGAAGGUAAAUCACCGUCUGAGGUUAUGUUUGGUCGUCGUAUACGGACUUGUCUGGAGCUACUUCGCCCAUCAUCAGCAAUUUUACCAAUGACACCGCAUGUUCAGCAAGAUCAACAGCGAAGAUCGUUCAAUCGAAACGAACUGGUUUUCGCAAAGGUUCAUCACAGAAACACUUGGAAGUGGGCUCCUGGUGUUAUUCUGGAAAAGAUAGGUAAUGUGAUGUACAACGUUUUGGUUGAUCGUAGAGUUCUGCGUUCCCAUAUCAACCAGUUACGAUGUCGUACUGAGACUGUUUCACCCAACACCGGUUCUUUAUCGUCAGCCAGCAGUAGUACUAAAUUGUUGCCGCUCGACGUACUUCUUGGUGCCUGGGAUCUACCGAAGCUUUCAGACAGUACAUCCGCAGUAUCAUCCGUUGGCUCACCGCAGUCUUUGGUUACGCAUAGCUCACAAUCGCCGACGUUACAGCCGAUGACACCGACACGUUUGUCUUCUACUCCCACAAGUGUUCCACUACCUCAGCUAGUGGCAAGUCCGUCGUCCUCGUCAUUAUCUUCAUCUACAACAGCAUCAACGGAGUUCGAGUCAGCGACCGAAGCAGACCUGGUGGAGACUUUACCGCGUCGUUCCACCCGGACCAGAAGUCGGCCACAAUGGUUCGACCCGUACCACCUUUAUUAA